AUGUUAAAUUAACAAAGCACUAUAAUUCACUAUGAUGAUUAAAGUUAUCCCUGUCCUAAAACGUUUGUUUGCGGAAAAACUUUAAGGUAAAAUCUGACUUUUUUAUAUCAAAAUGGAUAUCUUAAAAAAAAAAUAUUUUAUGAAUUUUAUCAAGUAGAUUUAAAGCUAAAAAAGUUUUUUUAAUCUUGCAAUAUUUGCAUUUAAUUAAUCAAAGUAUUUAUAAAUUCAAUUAUUAAAAUCAAUUAAAAUUGUAUAUUUUAAUUAUCUAAAAAAUCUAAAAAGUUUCCUUUAGUUUCUACUUAUUGUUAUUUUAAGCUCAUUUUAUGGAUCCUUAAAAGUAAGACUUAAAGAAUAAAACAAAGAAGUCCUUUAGGUAAUCUCCAUAAAUCGGAAAGCUAUUUGACUAGCAAAAAGAAUUGUCAGAAAAAUCUUAUGACUUUAUUGAUUCUAUAAAAAAGAAAAUUCCUCCAACAAUUCGCAACAUUUCAUUAUCUCCAAUUCAAAAAUUAGGGGUAACUCUAAUAAUAAGUGGUGGAAUAUUCUACAAAGCUUUAAGUGAUUGAAAAUAUUAUCUUCUUGCUCAGUAAAUUUCUCACUUUGCUCAGAUUUUCAAUAUUUCUUAGUAGUCCUUAUAGCUUAAACACAUAGAAUGAUCUAUAUAAUUAACCUUUUUAAGAAGAUCAAAAAUUCAUAAUUAGCAUUUUAAAAAUUAUAAUGAUAUAAAAAUUUAAUUACUAUCAUAACAAAUAAACAAUACAAUUUAUGUAAAAGUAUUCAUACAAAAGCUUUCUUUUAGUUAGUAUUGCUAAAUCAAAAAUAGUUUUAAUUAAAAUAUAAAAAAUAAUAAAUAUUUUUAUUUUAUAAAUUAAAAAAAAACAAUUAUUUUAUAAAAUUUAAUUUAACCAUUAAUGA